AUCAUCGUUGCUUCAACUUCUCAAGACAACGAAACGCUACCGUUGCUGGAACCAGGCCAUCAUUUGCGACUUUCCGACUCAGCUCAGCGUUUACCGUUCACUAAUCUUUCAACCGAAGUAGCAUGCUGUAGUAAUUCACACACCCUGCAGGCCGGAAAUCAUAACGUUCGAAACUCGAACGAUAAUCUGUCGGACGAGAACGGUCUAGCCAGUGCACCAAAAAGUUCUUCUGCUAACGUGUUUACUCCCAGAAUACUACUGCAACUACUCCAAAACACCGAAGAAGGUAAAGAUAUCAUCAAGUACGCAAACAUCUCAGAGCUUUCUGAAGCUAAGCAAUUGGAAUUAGCUGGCAUAAUCGCGAAGUACCAUUUGAACACUAAGAGUAAGCUGCAUACCGAGGACCUUGAAAUAUAUGCGUUAGCCGUGACUUCGUUGUUUAAACACGAGCAGAAGGAGAACUAUUUCAUCCAGAGAAGUGGAGAUCGCAAAAACCACGGUGGGAAAAUAACCAAUAAAAUUGGAAAUCUGAAGCAACGGAAGCGGAAGCGUGAAACUAAGGAAAACGAGUACCAGACCAACAAGCAAAAAAUCGUCGAUACAGAAACAGCGAUAAAUGCAGAAGCCGAAGGUGCUGCAGAAUGGCUCAUGUUGAAUGGUGAUCCUUGGGCAGUUGUCCUUGAGCAAUGGAAACGUAGCCAUGAUGUCCGCAAACCUGACUUGCUUUCUGCUAAAAGUAUUCGCGUUCUAACGACGUACCAACAUUACAAAAGUCAGCAUGGUUAUCAACUGAUUGAUAUUGAUUUUCAAAAGCUAUUCCCAAACGCGGUGAAUGGAUGGAAAAAGUUGGAAAAUUUAAUUCCAGAAAUAACUCAAUUUAUUUCUAAGAAAGCCAUGGAUCCAUCAGCUGCGUCGCUUCUUGAGCAGCUAUCUGUAGAAGGAGCAAGCACUGAUACGAAACUUUGCGCUUUACUACAAGCACUUAACACCGUUCUGCCUCCGAUCUCUGCUGCUUCGAGGUUCAAACCAACAAUUCUGGCAGGUCAUGAAGAUGUGUUACUUUUUGCGGUCUCCAGAGAUCAAGCUCAUUCGAAAAUACAAGCCGUAUACCGGAGCUACGCAGAGCGCAAUUUACCUACUGUACCUAAAUUAGUUGCAGUAGGUGAAAGCUUGGAGCAUUUGCAAGGGCGUUUCUUCGUUAUUUACAAUGAUGUGUGUUACGAACUAGCGUCUGCUUCGAGAGCUGUUGAUGUUAUAAUCAAGCUGACUGCUGUAUUUGGACUGCCUUAUUCAAAAAUCACAAAACUCGUUUGGCACUUCAUAAGCGGCUAUGUGUAUGGAAUAAAACAGCGAGAAUCUUAUGCUUGCAUAAACAAGUUGCAAAAUUACCUGGAUAUGAAGAACACUCAACAAACACAAUGAUAAGCUGUAUGAUCCAAGGAUGUACGUACGUUUCCGAGACGCCGGAAGCAUACCUUAUGCACCUCAAAGAUUUUCAUCAAGUUCCAGUUAUAUACCACUACCGAUGCACGAUAGCAGGAUGCAACCAAUUAUUUUCGAAGCUCUAUCCGUUCAAAAAACACAUCAACCAUCACCCAGGAUAUCCCAGCACACCAUCAUCAAGCGCAGGUGAUCAUCACUUACAAACGAGUCCAGAAGAAAUACUUCCUGAUGUUCCAUUGGCUGGUUCAUCAUCGGCAGAAUUCAGUUGUCCUGUAUCAAAAAUAAGGAGGACUGCCGACCGUGAUGAUCACUUGGUCC